GUUGAUGCACAGUUAGCCUGACCAGUCGACAGAUGGAUGAACGCAAAGCCGUCAUUAAAGUUUGUGAGUUGGAUGAACGUGUAGCCGAUGAGGCGAUUCACGAGGCCGCUUACGCUCUGGACAAAUAUCAGGAUUCCAAAGAUGUUGCGGAUCACUUGAAAAAGUAUUUUGAUAAAAAAUACGAACGAACUUGGCACUGUAUUAUUGGGAAUAACUUCGGAAGUCAAAUCCCCGUUGUGACUUACAAAACUUCUCUCGACUCUCUUCCAGCUCCAUCACCCACGGUGAACGCGGACUCCUUCACUUUACACUGGACAACCGAACCUUUCUUCUAUACAAAUGGGGUUGAUCAUGCUGCCAGAUUUUUUUUCAAGCCUAGCUCCGUAUUAUGCACCUAA